AUGACUGUAAGCACAAGAUCUAAGGAGCAUAUUAAAUUUGAUGAUAAUGAUGAAACCGCUCAUACAGAGACUGAGACACAGGAAAGUGUGAAAUCUCUACGGUCCAAGUCUGUUGAUGUUAGUGAUAGCGACAGCGACAGCGACGAUGACGCCCCAGAAGAGGAAGGUCUAGGAAACGCCAAAGAUGAAGUGGAGGAUCAAAUUAAGAAACAGGAACAAGCUGCGAUCCUUGAGAAACAAAGGAUAAGAGAAAAGAGAAAGAAAGAAAAUGAACGUCUUAAAGAGCAACAACUUGAAAAAAAAAUGAGAACCGAAGAAAUGCAAAAACAAAUAGCAGAGCUGGAGAAACUUCAAUCACAAACGGUUGAAAGUGACGAAGAGGAACUCCAGGAAUUACCAGAAGAUCUGCUUGCUAAAAUCAAUAAUGUUGAUCCAACAGCAGGCCAAACGAUACCGAAACAUAUUAACUUUAAUGACAUAGACACGCAGGAUUUUGUCCCAGAAGUCAAAGAACAGAUAAAGAAAAGAAAGAAAAAUGCUUUGAAGCAGCUUUGCAAAACUACAAUGAAUAAAGGUGUUGUAAAGGUAUCUGUCUUAUCUUCAAAUCUAUCAAAAUCGGCUCCAAAAAAAGAAGGAAAUGUUACCAAUCUAAGAAACAAAUGGCUGAAAAGAAGGUCAUUAAACAGAAAGUAA